CGCUAAUGCUACUCUAUCUCUACUACCUGCCUACUGUUAUACUGCUGUAUAAACAACACCACUCUAAUUGCUACCACUAUUGCAUUACUAAAAAACUCCCCCCACACUCACUCCCUAUGCCGCUUCCCUAGCCACGCUGCGUACUCCUUCCAGUCCCCUCCAAGCUCUCUACUAUACCUGCACUGCUCUCAAAUGAUCUAAACGCCUCAAUCCAGCUCUGCUGCUGUCCUUGCUAACAGCACCACCAUGUUUAGCUAUUAACAUUGCUUCUGCACGUCCUCCCACGUCGCGCAGUACUUCUAACUAACCUAGCACUAUUAGCAGCUGUGACUGCUACCUUGGUUGUGAAUCCCUUGUUGAAAUGCGUCUAGCUCUAUGCCUGUCACGCCUGGGUGCGCGGUGCACUGCAUUGUCUUGUGCUGCUGCUACUCAGUUGUGCUGGCGUUGUCCAGCAUGCAGCACGCCAUGCACCCGUUGCGCAGCUCAUCCAUCAGUUCCUCUACCUGCUGCCACUCCGUGCUCGCCUCCUGCUGUGCGUCGUGCCAACUGCGCGUCCCCUCUCCGCACUAGUUGCACCUAGCUGUCUCCAUGUUGUUGCACUCCACCCGCUUGCUGUCUAAGUAGCUGCUCAUUAGCCCUUGUUGACACCCGCUAAUAAUCAGAAACAUGCCUAUUACCUGCACGUCCAAGUUGUUGCUCUUCUGCUUCAUCAUCCACUCAACCUUGCCCUGCUCCACUAACACCACUGAAUCCACCCUUUCGCCAGCUCGCCCCCCACGCCUGCUCUCCUGCGCGUAGUUGAUCAUGCUCCACGGCAUCCUCACGUGCAGUAUGAACACGAUCCUGGGGAAGUCUACCCCUGUGCCUAGCGCUGAUGUUGCUGUCAUCAGCCCUCCUUCUAUCAACCACU